UUGGUAGCUGCUGCUUGUAGGGUCGGCUCUUUUUAUUUAUUAUAAAUCAGUUUCCACUGUUUAGUUUCAAGUUUAAACAGCAGACAACCGCAACGCGCUACAGUCGUAUUCGAAAUCGUGCUCCUAAAAACCAAAUAUAUUAAUUGUGGCCAUUGGCCAAGCGGGCACCUGAAAAGCAUCAACAUCGAAAGCGAAACCGUGAGAAACGACAGCUGCUGCUGCGUGUGUUGUGUUCUGUUCUCCCUCUCUGUUGUGUGCCAGGAUACGAAUGGAAAACAUAACACAAACAAAGUUCAAGUUAAAGUAGUGCCAAAGUGUUAAACAAGUUGCCAAAAAGAGACGUAUACGCAUUUAGCGCUUAUGCAUUUAAACAGCAUGUGCAUAAAUGAAGAGCUACAGCCAAUUUAAUUUAAACGCCGUUGCCGCCGCACCGCCCGCCAUUGCCUACGAGAACGCAGCCGCAACCAGCAGCAAUAGCAACUCCCAGGACCAUAAUCAACUGCUCAGUCGCAGCCACAGUCAGGAUAUGCCGCACUUUGGACUGGGUAGUGCGCCGCCGCCGUCACAGCAGCAACAGCUACAAGUACAUCAUCAACAACAACAACAACAACAGCAGCAACAACAACAACAACAAAUGCAACUAUCCAUGCUGCCGGUGGCGGUGCCAGGUCCAGGUCCAUACCGGUCGCACAUUGAGGAAAAGAAGUUAACGCGCGAUGCCAUGGAGAAGUACAUGCGAGAGCGUAAUGACAUGGUGAUCGUCAUACUGCACGCCAAGGUGGCCCAGAAAUCCUAUGGCAAUGAGAAGCGAUUCUUUUGCCCACCGCCCUGCAUCUAUUUAUUUGGCAGCGGCUGGCGACGACGAUACGAGGAGAUGCUGCAACAAGGGGAAGGCGAGCAAGGGGCACAAUUAUGCGCAUUUAUCGGCAUUGGCAGCAGCGACCAGGAUAUGCAGCAAUUGGAUCUCAAUGGGAAGCAGUAUUGUGCCGCCAAGACACUCUUCAUAUCCGACUCGGACAAACGGAAGCAUUUCAUGCUAUCGGUGAAAAUGUUCUAUGGCAAUGGCCACGACAUUGGAGUCUUUAACUCGAAGCGCAUCAAAGUCAUCUCGAAGCCGUCCAAGAAGAAGCAGUCGCUAAAGAACGCCGAUCUGUGCAUAGCCAGCGGUACAAAUGUAGCGCUCUUCAAUCGCCUGCGCUCCCAGACAGUCUCCACGCGUUAUUUGCAUGUUGAGAAUGGACACUUUCAUGCAUCCUCUACGCAAUGGGGCGCCUUUACGAUACAUCUUCUGGAUGACAAUGAGUCCGAAUCGGAGGAGUUUCAGGUGCGCGAUGGUUACAUACACUAUGGUGCCACUGUUAAGCUUGUGUGCUCUGUGACGGGCAUGGCGCUGCCGCGUCUAAUCAUACGCAAGGUGGACAAACAGAUGGCACUGCUAGAGGCUGAUGAUCCCGUCUCGCAGCUGCACAAAUGCGCCUUCUAUAUGAAGGACACGGAUCGCAUGUAUUUGUGCCUAUCGCAGGAGAAGAUCAUACAGUUUCAGGCAACGCCCUGUCCCAAGGAGCCCAACAAGGAAAUGAUUAACGACGGCGCCUGCUGGACAAUCAUAUCCACGGAUAAAGCCGAAUAUCAGUUCUACGAGGGCAUGGGACCUGUUGCCUCACCGGUUACGCCUGUACCGAUUGUUAAUUCGCUGAAUCUCAAUGGAGGCGGAGAUGUGGCCAUGCUGGAGCUAAGUGGCGAUAAUUUUACGCCACAUUUGCAGGUCUGGUUUGGCGAUGUCGAGGCGGAGACCAUGUAUCGCUGCACGGAAACGCUGCUCUGUGUUGUACCCGAAAUCUCACAGUUUCGUGGCGAGUGGCUCUGGGUACGACAGCCCACACAGGUGCCCAUAUCGUUGGUACGCAACGAUGGCAUUAUAUAUGCCACUGGGCUUACAUUUACCUAUACCCCGGAGCCAGGACCGCGAUCACAUUGUAAUCAGGCUGAUGAUGUUAUGCGUACGCGUCACAACAACAAUAACAACAUCACAAGCAUCAGCAACAAUAAUAACAACAACAGCAACUCGCCUGCAAGUGGUUCGAGUUUGCAACAGGGCAUGCAACAGCAACAACAACAACAGCAGACACAUCAAACUUUGCCCUCCAUCUCGGAAGUGCAAUGGAAUAGUCAUGGGAGCGGCUUGUCUUGAGUGCGGCAUUAUUGCUUUUAUUUGCAAUUCGACAUACAUUUAUUUAAGCCAACUUAUUUAAAGCUCUUCUAGCACAUAUUUUAUUAGUUUAUACAUAAAUCCUUAGUUUUUAGUAAGACGUGCAUCAUUCUAUACUCUCUAUCCAUCUCUUUUUUCGAACAAACAAUGAAUAUCAAUUCCAAGUUGACUUUAAGUUUCAUUACGUAGUGCUAGCUGCAACCAAUAGAUUUGUAAAUGCGAAACAUAAAUUGUACAUACAUAACUCGAAAGAGCUCACGGAAAUGCAUAAUUAACUGUAACUCUAGUUAAAUAUACAUCUAUAUAGUAUAGGGAACAUAUUGUAUAUGUAUUUAUAAGUUGGGUUUAUCUAUCUGCAUUUGCCUAAGUGAAUUUAUUAGUUUAACAAAUCUGAAAUAACAAAUUGUAUGCUAAUCACAUUCCACUUAAUAAAAGCAUUUUCCAAAAUUUCAACGAGUUCACACCAGUUGAGUGCAACAUAAACCCAGCUAUAAAGCAUAUAUAUAUGUAUAUAUAUGACAAAGCAUCUAAUUUUGUAACAUAACUGAAAUAUGAUAGUCUUAAGAUCUAAGAGAAAGUCCUAAACUUAAUAAAUACGAGAACAAACAUAAAUAUAAACUA